AUGGACCCAGGAUCCCAAAAUCUAGCCAUCAUUUAUAGGGUUUCAUAUAAGGUUAUGAACACUGUCUGUCCCAAAGCUAAAGAAUUAGACAGUAAAGGUGAAACUACCUUGUUCCAAACCAAUCUUGAAAAGUCAAAUGUGGCAGUCCUAAAAAUGAUAAAGUGGAGUGAUAUAACGCUGUCAGAAAAAUGGAUCUUGGAUGAAGUAGCUCCAAAAGGGCCCCUUGAAAAUCAGGAGCCUACACGGAUCUCGCAAUUUGCUGAUGGAGAGGUAGAAAUACAAUUUUCUAGUGCUAGGAGAACUAGGAUUGAUUUGGCACCCUCUAGAUCUAACAUAGAACCACACAGGUCGAGCACCUCCUCUGAUAGAGCUUAUGACCUAGAUCAUGAAAGAAUGGUUCUAGCAUGA